UGGGGAUUGGUAUAGAGAUAUGUAUCCAAUAUUUGAAGUCUACUACAUUCCACUCUAUCAACCUGUUGGUACUGUAGCUGGCAUAAACGCGAGUGUGUUCAUGAGCUUAGACUCGCUAUCCUUGACCGCUUUGACCCUGGUCGUCGCGGGCUCAGAGGUUUUACCUAUAUCAACGUCAUCGUUACCGUUGGUAACAUCAGCAACCAUACCCCUCAGCCUUUUACGGUUGCUGAUGACAUCUAGAAACACCUUGGCAGCGGAGACGAGUGUGUCGCCUUCAUUUUGGCCAUCUUUACCUUUUUCUCCAUCUCAAAUCAAUAAGUGC